UGCUAAAAGGCAGUCGUCUCUCACAAAAUUAAAUUAAACCAAACCGAAGAGAGAGAGGGAGAAAGAGUUUUCAUAGAAGCUUCCUUUUGAUCGGAGAAUCAAUCAAUCAAAUCAAUCGGGGGAGAAAAAGAAAAAAAAAAGAGAUGGCGAAAGUGUAUGUGAAAGAGGUACCGCCGCCGGAUAUGAACAGGAACACGGAGUGGUUCAUGUAUCCAGGGGUGUGGACGACUUAUAUACUGAUAAUCUUCUUCGGGUGGCUAGCUGUGCUCUCCGUCUCUGGGUGUGCCCCUGGGAUGGCUUGGACUGUUGUUAAUCUCUCUCACUUCCUUGUAACUUAUCACAGCUUCCACUGGAUGAAAGGCACUCCUUUUGGGGAGGACCAAGGCAUCUACAAUGCUCUCACCUGGUGGGAACAGAUGGACAACGGUCAGCAACUUACCAGCAACCGCAAGUUCCUUACCGUCGUUCCUAUUGUCCUGUACUUGAUAGCAUCACAUACAACAGAUUAUAGACAUCCAUGGCUGUUGCUCAACACACUCGCUCUGAUGGUUCUUGUUGUUGCCAAGUUCCCUAACAUGCACAAGGUACGCAUCUUCGGCAUCAAUGCUGACAAAUAGUUCAAGCCGCUUCUCAGCAGAUCCAUCUCUCUUAUGGCAAGAGAAUAAAAAAGAAGAA